GCUGCUCAACGAUAUUGUUUGCGGAAGAGCGCGCGAUUUUGCCACCGCGGCCAGAGUGGGAAGCACAUCCACUUUGAAAGAAACCAUAAUAAGAUCUUCAGGUUUCGGCGUGCAUAGCAGAUCUAAAGAUCCACACAUUCGCGGUUUCUGAUCUGCCUUACUUCUCAACUUCAAUCCUCCUCUCUCCCAUCUUGUUUCCGCCAUUCACUUCUGAUCAGUUUUGGGUGCAUCACUUCUAGAGAAGCCAUCAUGUUGAGGAGGCAAGUAAGCUCCGCACGACGUGGUGAAAGCAUGCUCGUUUCAGGAUUCUUACACUCAAAAUCAAGAUCCUCUCCCCUGUUAUCCAUAGGCCUCGUCCUUUUGGGAGUAUUCUUCCUUGCCAUGCUUGCUUCUGCCGGUUCAGGUCUAUUAGGCAGAAGAAGAAAAGAUGUCAGCAUGGUUGAAGGUGACGGUUUUUCAUGCACUGCUGAAGUACAAAGAGCAAUUCCUGUUUUAAAGAAAUCAUAUGGAAAUAACAUGAAAAAAAUUUUGCACGUGGGCCCUGAUAGUUGUUCAGUGGUUUCCAAUUUGUUGAGAGAAGAGGAAACCGAAGCAUGGGGUGUGGAGCCAUAUGACAUUGAGGAGGAUGUUAAUAGGAACUGCAAGGCUCUAGUGCAGACAGGCAUUGUACGGGUUGCAGAUAUCAAGUUCUCUCUACCAUAUAGGGCAAAGUCUUUCUCUCAUGUUAUUGUCUCAGAUGCUCUGGAUUACUUAUCUCCGAAAAAUUUGAACAAAACUCUUCCUGAACUGGCAAGGGUAUCUUCUGAUGGUGUUGUUAUUUUCACAGGUUACCCUGGUCAACAGAGUGCUAAAGUAGCGCAAUUGGCCAAAUUCGGCCGGCCGGCCAAAAUGCGAAGUACAUCUUGGUGGACCCGAUUUUUCACCCAAACAAGCUUAUUGGAAAAUGAAGCUGUCAGCAACAGGUUUGAGCAAGCUGCAUCAAAGAUGUCAUACAAGCCAUUCUGCCAAAUAUUCCACCUCAGUUCACACCAUUGAUAAGUAAAUUCAUUAACAAAUUAUUCGCUGUUUUCUUUAUCAAUCCUCAUAGUUAACAAGGCAACGGAAGGGAAGAAGAAAAGGAUAAAAGAAUUGUAUUUCAUCUUCUUAGUAUCCAGUCUCUGACUGGUAAUAUUUUUUAGUGCAGGCAGUUAAAAUUGUUACGGGCUAUACGCUUUUAUUCAAACAAAACUUAUAACUCUCCAAGUUUAACAGAAGUUGGCUAAUGCA